UGUUUAAAAAAAACAAUUCAAAGUCGGGUGAUCGACGAGGCUAAGCAACCCAAGCGAGCGAGGGAGCAGGGCGAGCGGGUCACCCAUCACCUGAACGCGUCUCCACCUGUUCAUCAGUCAGUCCAUUGCAGGAGCUCCGGUCCGCGCUUGCAGCCGUGUGUAUAGGCGCUGCGCCGGCCGCGCGCGGACGGCAGCAACGGGCAGGAAGAGGUCGCGAGCGAGCUCAUAGCGGACGCCAUGGCGGGGCUGCAGCGGUCGAGCGAGACGUUCCGGCGGUCCGGGUCGUCGGGGACGGUGUGGGAGGACAAGCACAGGCCGGCGUCGGGCGAGCUCGCCAAGCCGGCCGGGGCGACACAGGCGGCGGCCGCGCGGCAGCAGCGGAGGAGCGUAUCCAGCGGCCACGGCGGGUACAGGGCCGGGCACGUGCAGCCGGCGCUGGACCCGCCGUCCCCGCGCGUCGCGGCCUGCGGCUUCUGCGGCAUCUUCGGCAAGGACAAGCAGCUGCCGGCGGCCCGCGGCAAGGCCCGGCGCCGCUGACGAUCGAGCUCGGCGACGACGACGGCAAGGUGGGCCGGCGUGCAAGAGCUCUGGUUAUGAUGCUACAUGCUAUGCUAUACUUAAUCCUGUAAGCUUCUUGCUGCUGGUAGCUAGCUUCGGUCUUGUCGUGAUGAACUCGUGACAGCAAGUUAGAGGAUAUCUACAUGCAUGAUCAUCAGAGACCACGGAAUACUGAAAAGUUUUGUGUUUGUGUUCGUACAAACUGGACACUUUUGCCUAGUGAUUCUGAACGCCCAUGUACUUAAAUCGUUUAGGCGACGUGCUAGUGGACACUUUUGCUGAAUGAUUCUGAACAUUCUAACUUGUAUCUUUCUUUUGUUCUCGUAUAUCUUCAGAAUCGUCUCUAGUACUAGUUACAAAUCACAACUUGACGACAAGCAUGUCCUGGGACUCCUCAAAAGAAAAACAAGCAUGUUCUGCAGCCCUGUUAAUCCCUAUGUUGAAAAAUUGCAUAAUCUUGAUAGGGAUAUUAACU